UGACCGUUUAAUCAUCAUUUUUAUACUAUUUUGAUUUAUAAAAACACAUAAUUUGUUUAUUUAAAGAAAAAUGAAACAUAAUAGUAUAAUACUAUGAAUUUGUUUAUAAAAUAAUAAAUGCAAAUUAGUAAUAACUUACAAUAAUUUAACUUAAAAUCAUUAACAAAUUUGCUGCUGCAGAGAGAAUAAACAAAAUGUAUGUAUUUUCCAACAUAUUCGACCGUUAAUAUCGAAAAUCGUAUAGAUAUUUGUACACAACGAUAGAAUGUUUUAUCAAAGUCUCACUCUUUAUGACAUAUUAUAUGCUCAAAUAAAUAUACUCCGCACGUUAGACGUUAUUACGUAAUACGUCUAUAUAUAAUAUGGAAUUCCGAUAUAAAAUAAAAAAAACAAAUCAUAAUAAUAUUAGAAAAAAAAUCCAUAUCAUAAAUAACAUGUUAUAAUUUUUCGAUUAAUAACGUAUUGGGUCUGCAAUGACCUUGCAGUAAUACCGUUUUUCCGAGUAAAAUAAUAGAAAAGACGUAUCUUACCGUUUUGAUAUUAACGUCGUGUUGUUACAGGUGUCGUAAAGGCGCAGUUGCGUGCAAUUACGAUAAUAGUGUGCAUAUUCCUCGUUAAUGCGAAGUAUUGACGUUUUCGAAAAUGUCACUUUUGCCGGUCGAGGGUGAUUACGCGACGGGCUCCCGAGAUCCCCUACUACCGAACUGACCAUUCGAAGCAAACGACGACACCUUCCGCAAGAGAACGUCUACUAUAUAAGCCCAGGACGACAGUCGAAAAGGCACAUUAUUCGAUCAGUCGUCUCUUCGAACGCACAGAGCACUUUACCGAAAGUCUCCACAGCCAAACAAAUCGAUCGACAUCACUCGACGAACACUCGAAAUCAACACUCUUCGUAAACCUUCAACAACAACAACAACAACAACAACAUGUUCAAGUACACGAUCAUGAUCGCAGCCGUAGUUGUGGUAUCGGCGUCUCUGGCCAACUCCGUGCCGGCCAACUCUUCCCCGAUGGUGGCCAACCAAUACGACCCGAUGUUCGGCGCGGCCACAGCCGUACACAAGAACAAACACGUCAAGCCGGACAACCACCAGCCCAUGUUCGCGGCCGAGCCCCAAAACGCUGUCGGCAACCUAAUCGAGUCCGGUCUGUCCCACCUGCUCGAGGCGAUCAGCGUCCCGAAGAAGAUCAUCGGCAACGCGGUCAACGGCGUGGUCGGUCUGCUCAAGUCGGUCGAUCUGAAGAAAGUCAUCAAGAUCGCCCUGAUCGGCGGCGCGGUGGUCGUGUUGGGCGCAGUGGCCGCGGCCGGCGCCGCCGGUAUCGCCGCCAUCGUCACAGCGGUGUGCGCGGUACUUCCGUACUACCGGUUCUUCUUCGGCGGCCACAAGGGCGAGGCUACCGACUCCGAGAUGGACGUCAUCAGCGAAUUCGUGUUGAGCGCGUUCAACAAAUACGACAGUCAGCACAAGGCGUAAUGACGCGACACGUAAUACUGAAUUAUUAUUAUAUACGUAUAUAUAAUUAUUGACCGUUCGAUUUUAUUUAUUGUACAUUUUUAAUAUUCACGACUAGCCGAUAACGGUUCACCUAUAUUUAUAUUAUUUAUAUUGUAUUAUUAUGUUUCGAGUGUGAUUAAACAAUAAACAAAAAUGUUG